AUGUAUACCUCCGAAGGAGCCCCUGAUUUUGUUGUUGACCAGGGCAUGUAUUACCCCGUUGAUGCCAGUUACGGCUAUUAUUGUACAGGUUAUGAGUCACCCGGUGAAUGGCAGAACCAUCAGAUGUUUUUUGGUGUAGAUGGUUCUCAAGUCCAAUACUCGGGUGCGCAGAAUGAAAAUUCUCCCUAUAUAUGCUAUACGCCUAGUUAUGGAUAUGCACAGUCUCCUUACAAUCCAUAUAAUCCUUACAUACCUGGCGCUUCGAUAGGCGUUGAUUCUCCUUUUGUUGGUUCCCAGCAAUUCUACUCUGUUCCUUCUUACCAGAACGUCCCGUCGUCACCUGCGUUUGUUCCGUAUGCGAUUCACCCUGAUAUCGUCUCGAAUAGCUCAACAAACUCUUUGGUUGAGACUGGUUCAGCUGAUAGGGGUCGGUCAGAUGGGCGAGGAUCGAGGCAUAGAAAUGCUUCAGCAGCUGAUGGAGUCCAAAGGAACGCUUCAAAACUCCCUGUAGGAAACUCUGUGAGCAGAUCCUCUGAGAAGUCAAGGCCUAACCCUGGACAAAACAGACAACUAGGAACUGAAAGGAGUGUCUCUACGGGAUUUUCUACUCACGAGGGAAGAGAGGCUUCUGUUAGCUCUCAGCCUAUUGAUGGUGUUUCCAGUAGCAGAAUAUCGUCUUCUGGACGAGUAGACAUUGCUCCACCUGAACGUAAUCGUUCUUCAUCCAUGGUAACAAACAACAACAACAAUCUUCGGCCCAAGCUGUAUGGUGGGAAUGCAAAUAUGAGUCCAGAUACAGGCAGUGCACAGAAUCGAGGUCAAAGAUUCAAAGUAUCGAGAAACCAACUGAUUGUUAAAGCUUAUACAACAAAAGCUGGAAACGCUGACGCUGAAGGGAAUAUUGUGAUCGAUCCUAAUCAGUAUAAUAAAGAAGAUCUCCAAGUCGAUUACAGCAACGCCAAGUUUUUCGUGAUUAAAUCGUACAGCGAAGAUGAUGUUCACAAGAGCAUCAAAUACAAUGUCUGGUCAUCAACUUUGCACGGGAACAAGAAACUGCAGAGUGCAUAUGAAGAUGCUCAGAGAAUAGCCACCGAGAAGUCCUGUGAAUGCCCGAUAUUCUUGUUCUUUUCUGUCAAUGCAAGUGGUUUGUUUUGUGGCAUGGCUGAGAUGACCGGUCCAGUUUCUUUUGACAAAGACAUGGAUUUUUGGCAGCAAGACAAAUGGAGUGGAAGCUUUCCUGUCAAAUGGCACAUCAUUAAAGAUGUUCCCAAUAGCUAUUUCAGGCACAUCAUAUUACAGAACAAUGAGAAUAAGCCGGUCACCAACAGUCGAGACACACAAGAGGUAAUGCUGAAACAAGGUCUUGAGGUGCUAAAGAUAUUCAAGUACCAUGCGGAAAGGACUUCGUUGCUAGAUGAUUUUGUGUAUUACGAAAACCGCCAGAGAGUCAUGCAGGAUGAGAGAAACAGACUUCCCUACAGAACCUUCCUUAGCCCUUUACCAGAUUUCUCUGUUAGGAGCAAGAAAACCUCCAUGGAAGCUUCUAAGAUUCCUUCUGUAACCUCUGCGGAAACCGAGGAGGUUAGUUUGAAGUCAGAUGGGAAUGAGGAGACCUCCGUACCGGAAGAAGAUACAACUUCCAUUCACAAGAAGUUAAGCUCUCUCACCGUUAACCCAACUGGUAUAGACUCCGAUCCAACCUCUGGUUCUAACCUUGCCCAGAGUCCAGCCAAGGCACUUAAUGUUAACAGCUGA